UUGAUUGAGUCCUCAAAGUCUGCAAACAAUUUCUCACUUAAAGAAUAUUAAAAUUCUUUCAAAUAAUUCUUUACUUUAUUUAAAUGAUACACAAAUACCACAACAAAACCUCGACAACAAUGAAGACUAAAAUCAUUAUCCUUUUGGACGAGUCGUUGUCAAUGCGGAAGAAGAGGAAUGAAGUGAUCGGAGGUUUCAAUGCAUUCCUUAGGGAACAGAAACGUCUCAAAUGUGACACUUCUGUCCUCUAUUUAGUCAAAUUCAAUACAAACGUCAAUAUUGUUUAUUCCGGCAUUAACGUCGCGGAUGUGCCCGAACUGAAGCACUCGAUGUACAGCCCGUGCGGUCGGACGGCUCUGUUUGACGCCAUAUCCGAAGGCAUACACAUCGCAGAGGAGGACACGGAUGACAUCGAGAACGAGAAAGUCAUUUGCGUUAUCAUUACUGAUGGCGAAGAGAACUGCUCUAAAGACACGACCAAAGAGCAGAUCCGGCGAUUCAUCGCUCAGUACGAGGCCAAAGGCAACUGGGCUUUCGUCUAUAUCGGCAAAAACCCCGAGCGCUGGACCAAAGAGGUCGGUAUGGCCUCCGCUCACGGCAUCUCUUAUAACUAUAACGAACCGAAGCACUCAUUCAAAUACAUUUCCAAUACUGUCACCAAAUAUCGGGUCUCGAAAUUC